AAGACUUUUGAGCAGUCCUGUUCAGUAAUUGCAGAAGAGCUUGAGCCUGAGCCUGAGCCUGAGCCUGCUCCAUAUGUCCUGCAAGGAGAGGAUAUCCAGGCACUUGAAAUUAAGGUGGAGGACCUGGAGAAACUCCAUGCUCCACGCCUUCCCCAUGGUGCUGGGAGAAUUCCAGUUCAGAGGAGUUACCUUGUCCGAAAAUACCGACCCAAGGAGGUGACACAUCUCAUAGCACAUCCUGUUCCCCCCAAGGCACCCAGAGGACCACUCACUUUUCCUGGACCAAGACAGUUUGAUGAUGGCUCUGAAGAGAUCCUCCCUCAUCACAUUUUGGGAAGUCUCCAGGAGUUAAAGAUGGAAGCCUUGGCCAGAAAAAACACUCAGCUAGCAGAUGCUAUUAAGGUUCCUCAUCCAGAUGUUACUGCAGCAGCUUUAAAAGAGGAACAUGAAGAAGAGAAGAAAGUAAAGGCACAUCAGGCCCAACCAGCAGAGCACAAAGCUUUCCAGAACUGGAGCCAUCAUAUGGCAAUGAGGAAAAAGCAGGAGAAACACCUAGGAGAAAUUCUUCACAAGCCAGAGAAUGAAUUGCUGAUGAACAUGUCGGACAAUUACAGGCAAAUCCAGGAAGAACGUGACCUCAUUGACCGGAGUCUCCCUGCCCUCUUUCCUGGAAAGGGAUUCCGAGUGGGAAGUGAGUUCUGGAGCCUUCCUGAGCAAAUUGGGGAUGAACUCACUGGGCUGACUCUGACCCUGACCAGGACAGAACGGGGGUACCCAGAGCCACUCACUCAUGUGGGGAAACCCCAAACCAUCCAGAAGGAAACAGGUCUGAAGCCUCCAAAGAGGAUUCCUUGCCACCUAAACUGGGAUAAGAGUCUUUUCCUGAAACAUCGACGGCAGGAGCUAAAAUCUUUCCUGGAGGAGCUGGGCUUUUGUAAGCCGGAUCUGGAAGGACUGGAGGUGAUUGGGAAGGGGCAGCCUUUCACAUCUGUCUCAGCUGAGGCUUUUCGAUGUGCCUCCAUUUCUGAAGAGAUUGAGACCCUCAGUGACCCCUUUAGCAAUGAAGGUGACUCCUUCAUUGUGGUUGAAGAAGCUGAAAAGGUUCCAUCUUUAGUUUUCUGUGGCCAGCCUGCUCGUUGGAUCAAGGGCAUCACUGCUUGCAGGAAGGAAAUUGGCAUUGCUGCCCGGCUCACCUUUGAGACUGUGACUAGUGAGAAGGUUGAAAGCUUCCUGACAGUGAUGAAUGAUGGCAUAGCUGCCAUUUGGUACAACUGGCUGAGGCUUCCUGAGCAGAUCCCCUCCAGAGAAACCAAGGGAGGGAGGAUGCCCUGUUUUUACUUUGAUACCAGACCAGGUGUAAUUUUGCCUGGAGAAUCUCAGAGGUUUUCUUUUAUUUUCAAGUCAGAGAGAGCAGGCAUUUUUAGUGAGCCCUGGGAAUUUAGGACACAUCCUCUGUUACUAGGAGGAGCUCUGCUUCAGGUGACCCUUUGGGGAAUUGCUGUGUAUGAGGAUAAAUUCGCUGACUUCAGAGAGAAACUGGAGAGUGAGCUGGCUGCUCGAGAAGGUGCUUCUAUAGUGAGGGAAAGCCUGAAUGAAGUUAUUGACCGAAUUCGGACCCCUGUGCACACCCCAUCUCCUGUGGAUGCCUGUGUCACAGAGGAAGAGCUGUUCCACAGGAAAAAUCCUGAGUUGCAUUAUCAGCAUCAAGUGGUAAAGCAGCUGCAUAAACUGUGGAGACAGCACCUGAAUGUGGAGGAGGAAGUGCCCUUGGAGCAGAGGCGCACUGCAGAGGAUGUGGAGAGCACCUUGGAGCCUGCCUCUGCUCCGAGCGGCACCACUGAGUUCCCCCAUGGGGAGAGUGCUGAGGAGGAAGAAGCAGGUCCUUCAGGAUGGAACCUUUCCUUCGAGGACUUUAAACAGGCUAUAAUGUCAAUCCCAGGGGAGGAGCAGCGGGAAGAAGCGCUGACCCAGCUCAAUAAGGCAGCUCUGGAGCUGUGUGUUGAACAGAGGCCAACUCAGUCAGACCUUCUGUAUCCACUCUGUCUCCAGCUGUGGCGUGGAGCAAUUGAUGACCUGGUGAGUCACUCUCUGAGACUGAGAUCCCUGCUUGGUUUGAUUAAGGAGGACACUUAUGUAGAAGCUGUUCCAGGAGAAACAGAGGGAGUAAAGCAAGGAGGAGCAAAAAAAGGAGGAAAGGAAGACAAAACAGCUACUAAGAAAGAAGAGAAAAAGGAUAAAGAAAGCAAAAAAAGUAGACUGACAUCAGGGAAAGGGGAUUCUUCAGGUGGCAGAAAGCUGAAAGGAAAAGAUGAGAAGCAAGGAUCUUCCAUUUCACUGCAGGAUGUGAAAGGGGGAGCAGACUAUGUCAAAGGAAGAGAUGAGAAGCAGAAGGUGAAAGAGGGAGCUGCAACUACAGAUGAGGCAGAACCUGCUCAGGAGGUGGACUCUGCUUCACUUGAAAUAUAUCAGGAAAAGCUCUAUAUUGAAGUUUACAGGCUGCUGGAUUCAAUGGUGAGUGAAAUGGUGUCUUUAUUUGAGGAUCUAAAGCAGUAACAUGCUCUGAAGUUGAAGUGAAGCUCUUUGUAUGUAGAAAUAGACUUGCUUUUAAAAAAUUAAAUAAAUAACCAUAU